AUGGAGCCUCCAGCGAAUGUAGCAGCAGCUGAUGUUCAGAAAGAACCCCCGGAAUCAGUUAUCUUGCCUGCGGAAGCGACAAGUUCCAGCGUUAACGAGAAAGGCGAAAAGGAAGUUGAUAUUUCUGGCGCGGCGCCCUCGAAGUCAUACAAGAAGGACUACCGAUUCUGGGCUAUCUUGUUUGCGCUCUGCAUCACCUCUCUCUUGGCGUCGUUGGAGAACACCGUAAUCGUCACAUCGCUACCAACAAUUGUCGAGAAGUUGGAAUUCGGAAGCAGCUAUGUCUGGGUUGCCAACAGCUUUUUCCUCACAGGUGCCGCCGUCCAGCCUCUUUUCGGACAGCUUUCAAACUUGUUCGGCCGCAGGUACCUAACGCUUUUCAUCGUAGCUCUGUUUACCCUCGGAAGCGGUAUCUGCGGCGGCGCGAAUAGCCCCGCGAUGUUGAUUGCCGGCCGCGCCAUUCAGGGGGCCGGCAGCGGCGGCAUCAACAUGAUUGUCGACGUAAUCAUUUUCGACCUCGUCCCUCUCAGGGAAAGGGGAAACUACAUUGCCGUCAUCUUGGUUAUUUACGGUGUCGGAACGGCUAUUGGGCCGUUUGUGGGUGGCAUUAUCGUACAGAAUACGUCUUGGCGAUGGGUAUUCUACAUCAACCUUCCAAUCGGCGGCAUCUCUCUUGUUCUACUCUGGUUGUUCCUCCACGUCAAGUGGGAUCGAACCACCGUCGUUGCCGAUAAACUUCGUCGGAUCGAUUUCAUAGGCAACGGAAUCCUCAUUGCCUCCACGGUGUCCGUCCUAAUCGCGCUCACAUGGGCAGGGGCGGUAUACCCCUGGUCUUCAUACCGCAUCCUCGUACCUCUCAUCUUAAGUAUAGCAGGUCUCGCCGGCUUUUGUGCGUUCGAGGGGUCGGGACUGGUCCCGGAGCCGGUAAUGCCACUCCGCCUAUUUAUGAACCGGACCUCCGCAGUCGUGUAUGUGACGACGUUUCUCAAUUCGGCGGCAGUCUACUGGGCAUUCUUCUUCCUACCUCUGUACUUCCAGGCUGUGCAACUCUCGUCACCUGCGAGGUCAGGCGUGCAGCUCCUGCCCAUCACCUUGAUUGGCAUCCCGGGAGCAGCCGUUUCGGCAGUGAUCCUAUCGAAGUGGGGCCGGUAUAAGGCCCUCCACAUCACCGGCUUCGCGCUGAUGGUUGUCGGAUUCGGCCUCUGGACGUUGCUAGAUCGCCACAGCAACCUUGCGGUGUGGGUUCUGGUGCAGGUUGUGCCUGCAAUAGGCUCGGGGAUGCUCCUGAACACGCUUCUGCCGGCCUUUCAAGCUGGUCUGAACGAAACGGACCAGGCCUCUGCGACGGCGAGUUGGUCGUUUAUCCGGAGUCUCGGAAAUGUCUGGGGCGUAGCUAUCCCUGCCGCUAUCUUCAACUCGUAUAUAUCUUCGUAUGCUGCAGAGGUCGACGACGCGGCGGCCAGGGAGAUUCUAACUCGCGGAGACGCAUACGCGAGCGCGACCAAGGCUUUUGUUGAGAGUUUCCCGUCGCCGGUGAGGGAUCAGAUUAUUGACGUGUUUUCGAAAGCAUUGAAGAAAGUGUUUAUGAUUGGCAUUUCCAUUGGGGCUUUGGCUUUUGUAUUGAGCUUUUUCGAAAAGGAGAUCAAGUUGCGCAAGGAGCUGGAAACGGAGUACGGGCUGGAAGAGCGAGAGGAGAAGGAUAGGGGCAAGGGCACUGUUUGA